UUCCUGUGCGCGAAUCGAAAGUGAACACAUGAAGUUUAUCAACGGUACCAUGUAUUUGUAGUCACAACGAGGCAUAACUUUAGACGUUGUGAUAUCUGAACGGGUACACCUAAAAUCUUGAUCACACGACACAAAAUGUUCGGUGGGAAUCAGAAUAAAGCAGGUGGGUUCAGCUUUGGUGCUACAGGAGGAGGGACGGCUGGUGGUUUUGCCUUUGGUACCCCGACAACAACAGCCUCGGCAACCCCAGCAGGGGGUUUCAGCUUUGGUGCCCCAACAGGCACUCCAGCUGCAGGGGGGCUGUUUGGAACACCCACAACAUCUGCUGCAACAGGGGGAGGAUUUGCAUUUGGUGGAACACCAACGCAAGCACCUGCUACUACAAAUCCUGCUGGUGGAUUUGCUUUUGGUGGCGCUGGUGGACAGACAACAUCAGCGGCUGCUCCAGCAGGAGGCUUCUCUUUUGGGGGAGCUCAGACUACAGCAGCAGGAACAACAGCUGCAGCUCCUACUGGAGGGUUCAACUUUGGACCAACAGCACCAACAGCACAGACUGCAACAGUUGCCCCACAAACUGGGGGUUUCGGUUUAGGAACACCGGCGGGAACCACACAAGCUGCUAGUACUCCUGGGGGUUUUAGUUUUGGGGGUGCAACUUCAACACCAGGUGCAGCAACAGCACCUACUGCUGGGGGAUUUGGUUUGGGACAAACAGCUACAACAGCAACAACAGGCUUCGGCUUUGGGAAACCCACAGCAGCUGCAGUUGGCAUGCCAGCAGCAGGGACAGCACCUGCAGCAACCAACGCUGCAACUACAGCAGCUGCAUCAGGGUUCGGUCUUGGAACUGGCGGAUUCACAUUCGGUUCAACAGGUCCUUCAACAGCUGUAACGACAGCCCCGGCAUCCAAACCUACUGCUGUUGUAGGGGGGAUGGGAACUGGUGUUCUGGGUGGGGGAGCAGGUGCUCUGGGUGGGGGAACAGGUGCUCUGGGUGGGGGAGCAGGUGCUCUAGGUGCAGGUGCUCUGGGUGGGGGAGCAGGUGCUCUGGGUGGGGGAGCAGGUGCUCUAGGUGCAGGUGCUCUGGGUGGGGGAGCAGGUGCUCUGGGUGGGGGAGCAGGUGGUCUGGGUGGGGCCAGUGCUCUAGGUGGGGGACUUAGUGGAGGAUUCAGCCUUUCAGGAGCAACAGCAACAACUGCAGCAGCUAAACCUCCAACUACUGCUACUACAGCCACAGGUGGUUUCAAUCUCGGACCCGGACUUAAGCUGGGAACAGCAGCAGCAGCAACAGCCGCUCCAACUGGCUUUGGCUUGACAACACCUGCAACAGGGACAACCACUGGACUCACAACUGGAAUACAGGCAACUUCUACUACAGCCAGCACAGGUUUAAAUUUGGGUCAGAAGCUGGGGACAUCUACUGCAGCAACAACGGCAGCAACAGGCUUUGGCCUUGGUUCAUUCGGCACACCAUCCACGGCAGCAACCACUAUUGGAGCAGCUGCAAGCACCAUUACAACGACGGCGGUGAGCGCGGGGAAGCAGAUGACGUACCGGCAGUUGGAGGACAAUAUCAACAAGUGGACAGGGGAACUGGAGGACCAGGAGAAGAUCUUCCUUCAACAAGCCACACAGGUCAACGCCUGGGACCGACUCGUCAUGGAGAACGGGGAGAAGAUUGUGUCUCUGAACAAGGAGGUGGAGAGAGUGAAGACUGACCAGCAGAAGCUGGACCAUGAGCUGGACUUCAUCCACUCCCAGCAGCGGGAGCUGGAGGAGCUGCUGGACCCCCUGGAGAAGACCCUGGACCUCCUGCCACCCAUCAGCUACCAGCAGCACGCGGACCUGGAGCGGGAACACACGUACCAGCUGGCAGAGAGUCUGGAUGCCCAACUGAAGAGGAUGGGGCAGGACCUGACCGAGAUCAUUGACCGCCUCAACUCCUCCAACUCCAAGACUGACGCCCAGGACCCGACCCAACAGAUCACCAAGAUCCUGAACGCCCACAUGGACUCCCUGCUGUGGAUUGACAGAAACACAGUGACUUUGAGUCGUCGAGUGGAAGACAUCGGGAAACAGAUGGAUUCACAAAGAAAGGAGCAGGAGAGGAACUUCCGCCUGGCCUACAGUUGAUAAAGAUGUCUGUGUGUUGUGUUGGAUGUGUCGUCAUGGUGUUGAUCUGGCUGGGAGGCUAGUCAGACAUACAGGAUGGAUGACACAUGGGAGACAUGGGAGGCUGCACUCCAUCAUGAGAGUAAUAGAUCUACAGACAUUGGUAGUUGCCCAGGCGGAGAGCAAGAUGCAUACCAACUUGUGACUUGAUUGUUAUGUUUUCUAUCGAGCCUGAGCAUACAUUUUCAUUGUCCAAAGAACUGUAAUCAAAACUGAUACUUUGUGAAAGAGUUUUCAUGGCUUGAAACAAGACGUUCCUUGUGUGUAAAUGCCACUUGCUGAUGUCAGCAGUUUUCACUGUCCUCCUGUCAUCCUGUCUCACCACUAGUGUCACCCACUGUAAAUCUCAUUGCUGUCAAUCUCAUUGCAAACAUUUGCAGUGGUCUACUAAUAAUUCAAUUUGGAUUCCAACACUGUCAAUGCCUUUGUAUGUAUAUAUAUCAUUGAUAUGACUCAUUCUUUGGAAUCAUUCUGUUCAGGAAUAGAAGAAAAAAGACUUUCAAGUCAAAUACUUUGAUGUUUUCUAUUUAUGUAGUUACUGAUAUUGCAAUUUCAUCAGCUCAUGUUUCCAACAUCAGAUAGUAUUGUCAUCUGUUAAGUUACAGGGGCACGGGGUAGCAGUGUGGUUAAACUAGUGGUUAAAUGUUGGCUCAUCAUGCUAAAGACCUGGGUUUGAUUCUCCACAUGGGUACAAUGUGUGAAGCCGAUUCCUUGUGUCCCUGUGAUGUUGUUGGAAUAUUGCUAAAAGCAGCAUAAAACCAUACUCACUCUUAAGUAACAAUUAGGUAAUGCAGACAUGGUAAGCAAUUCUAGAACAAAAACACCCAUUGUUAAAUCAUGUCAAGUUUCUACUGAAGGAUGUGACGAACGAGCUGUGUGAUCAGGAAAAAUUUCAGUGAAUUUUUAUCAACCUCAUCAAGCAAUGCUUAUCAUCCUUUUAAUUGAUGGGAAAAUGUUGUCAAUAAAUUGUCCAUCCCAGAUCAUAUCCAUGUUCUCAAGAGACAAUUAAACUAUAUUUUGUAUC